UUCAACUUGAAGAAGAAGUACAAUUCCAUUGAGUGGGUUGGACACAGGCGGCCACGCACUGUCCGACUGCAAGAUGCAACUGGCGCUGGGCGUGCUGCUGCUGGCGGCCGCGGCCCUCGCGGGGCCCCUCAGGACCCAAACUGAGUUCGAGUUCAAACACCACAACAACCAGGAACUGCUCGACGUUUUGGAGCAGGUGCACGCCAGGUGUCCGGGCAUCACCAAAGUGUACAACCUCUCCGAGACGUCCGUCCGCGGCGUCCCGCUGUCGGUGAUCGAGUUCAGCACCCACCCUGGACUGCACAAAUUGCGAGCGCCCGAGUUCAAAUACAUCGCCAAUAUGCAUGGCAACGAAGUGCUCGGUCGCGAACUGCUCCUCAAAUUGGCACACUACCUUUGCGAGCAGUACCUGGCAGGUGACGAGUCCAUCCAGAAGCUGAUCAACUCGACCCGCAUCCACUUGCUGCCCAGCAUGAACCCUGACGGCUGGCAGUUGUCCACUGACACGGGCGCAAAAGACUACCUGACAGGACGCACAAAUAACCGCAGCGUGGACCUGAACAGGAACUUCCCCGACCUGGACAGAAUCAUGUACAGCAAUGAGGAGCACCAUAUCGAGCACAACAACCACUUGCUCAAGCAAGUCGACCGCCUCACAGAACCAAAAAAUAAGAAAAAUAUUAUUAAGCAUCUUGGAUUUAUUCAGCCAGAGACUCGGGCCGUGAUGAAGCUCAUCAUGACCACCCCAUUCGUACUUUCAGCAAACAUGCAUGGCGGCGACCUCGUGGCUAAUUAUCCUUACGACGCCAGCCGCACUGGGGCCAUGUCUGAGUACACAAGCAGCCCAGACGACCAAACUUUCAAGCACUUAGCCUUGGCUUAUUCCAAAAAGCACGCAACAAUGGGCGAUCCGAAGCGGUCCGGCUGCGGCUACGACGGCUACAAUUUCGGAAAGCAACAGGGAAUCACCAACGGCGCCGCUUGGUACAGCGUCCAAGGCGGUAUGCAAGAUUUUAACUACCUGUCGUCAAACGAUUUUGAAAUCACGCUCGAGCUUGGCUGUGACAAAUACCCUAAGGCGAGUGAGUUGGAGCGCGAGUGGAACAACAACAAGGAUGCCUUGUUGCAUUAUAUUUGGCAGGCGCACAUUGGAAUCAAGGGGGUGGUUCGCGACGCAAAAACCAGGAGGCCGAUUUCAAACGCAUUUAUCCACGUUCGAAACAUAACCGAGGGAUGCGUCAAGGAGUGCGACAUUAAGCACGACGUGACCUCAGUCCACGGAGGCGACUACUGGCGUCUGCUGACCCCUGGUGUGUACGAGGUCACCGUCACUGCUGAGGGCUUCGAGCCGGUCAUGCAGCAGGCUGAGGUCACUCACACGCCCGAAUCGGAGGCGCAGAUUCUGGACUUCUGGCUCGGACAGCCCGAAAUCGAGGAGCCUGAACUGUACGAUACGCAGGUGUAUCCUAGGCAAGGGGAAAUGGAAGACCCUUUGGACAACAGGAUGGACAAACUGCGCAAGAAGUGGUUCUUCGGAAUCUAUCCUCACCCGGCUCCGAUAUAAUCGCUCUACCACUGAAAUAAUUUCCAAACCUUUGAUUUCAGUCACAUUGGAGGCAGUUAUUGUCCUGUUUAUCUACCAAGAAUCUUAAGAUCUAUAUAAUAUGUGUAAUCAAAAGAUUGUGAGGAAAACUAUUUCUGCCGUUCUGUGAGACGUACUUACUUUUAAAUUUUCGAUCUUAUUUUUUAUAUUUAUUUUAUAUACAUAAUAUUAACUUGAGUCUUCGCACACGUCUUCUUAAAAAUAUCCCUACAUAGUGAUCAUGUUAAGCGGUGCUGUUCCCCUCCGUGAUUACCACAAACAUAUUUUCAAAAUCGCAAUGGUAAAACGGAGUUAUUGAUGUUGAAUUGGCUGGAAUAAAUAUGUAAAAUAUUGAGUCAAGAUGUAUUUCUACAAAUAUAUGGAAAAAAAUUAAUGUGCAACUAUAAACUUUGCUUUAAAAAUGCAAAUUUAUGUAUUCAAAUCAAGAGUCAUAUUAAAAUAUAUAAUAUUAUUAUGUAUUAAAAGAUUAUUGUAAUAAAUUCUAAGCCCUCUUCAAUUGAAGACACUCUUUUAUUGUUAUUAAAAUUUUCAAAUAAUAAUGAAAAAAUAAAAAUAAAGUUCAGUACGUGGCUAAAUGUUUCUCCACCCCUUCCAAAAGUUCAUCAACUGCCUCCAAGGUGGCAGCUGC